AAAGGCCAAGAUGAUGUUUGGCUUGAAAGUGAAGAAGAAAAAGAAAGCCAACACAGACCUGGUCCUGGCAAACAAGGGAGCUGUGGACAGUGAGGUGGAGGUGCCUUCAGAAGCAUCUUCCCUGCUGGAGGGAGAAAACCCUGAGGAUCAACCAGGAACCUCUGCAGUCAGAACCAGAAUAGUACCAAACAAUAAGAGGGCCAAACUGAAAACUCGCAUCCAGGACAACGAAGGGAAACCACAGAGCUUUCAGAUUGCCAUUAACAUCACAGAGGCCAGGCAGCUGGUGGGAGAAAACAUUGACCCCAGUGUGGUGAUUGAGAUCGGAGAUGAGAAGAAACAGACUUCAGUCAAAGAAGGAACUAAUGCCCCCUUUUACAAUGAGUAUUUUGUGUUUGACUUCUUUGCCCACAAAGAGGUCUUCUUCGACAAAAUCAUCAAGCUAACGGUGAUGCACUCUAAAAUGCUGAGGAGUUUCUGUAUUGGGUCCUUUAAGCUGGAUGUGUGGACAGUCUACAAACAGCCAGGUCACCAGUUCAUUAAUAAGUGGGCAAUGCUGACCAAUCCUGGUGACAUUGGCACUGGGGUCAAAGGUUAUGUCAAGUGUGACAUUAGUGUCUCAGCAAAGGGAGACGCCAUGCAGCCAGGACCAAAAGCAAGCGAUGCUGAUGAGCAGAUAGAUAAGAACCUGCUGGUACCAGAAGGGUUUCCCUCUGAGCGGCCCUGGGCUCGUUUUUGUGUGAAGGUAUAUCGAGCUGAAGGCCUUCCACGGAACAACUCCAGCAUCAUGGCCAAUGUCACCAAGGCCUUUAUAGGAGAAAACACAGCACUCAUAGACCCAUAUGUGGUGGUUAGCUUCUUCAAACAAGUGGGUCGCACAUCAACUCAAAAGUCCACAGCAGACCCAGUGUGGAAUGAGCAGAUCGUCUUCACAGAGAUGUUUCCCCCUCUGUGUCAGAGAUUAAAGAUCCAGGUUUGGGAUGAGGGAAGCAUGAGUGAUGUUGCCAUAGGAACCCAUUACUUUGACUUGAGACGCAUUUCCAAUGAACAGGAUGGUGACAGAGGGUUUUUGCCAACUUUUGGCCCUGCUUGGAUUAACCUGUACGGCUCUGCCCGAAACUUUUCAUUAGGCGAUGACACAGUGGAGCUGAAUGAGGGCAUUGGAGAAGGCGUGUCUUACAGGGGUCGGGUCUACAUGGAGCUGGCAGUGGAGAUCCUAUCAGGAGGGACGGGUUCGGAGUCCAAACUCACCAGAAUGGUCAAACCAGUGAAGGACGCUAAAGCAGGGAAAGCUGGAGGGAAGGAUGGAAAGACUCCCGCAGGAGGAGGAGCGGGAGGAGGAGCAGGCGGAGCUGCUGACGAAGACAAAGGAAAAGCCGCAGCAGCAGAGGUGCUGCCUGUGGAAUCUCCUCCUGAGCUGAAUGCAAACAACAAAGAGACGUUUCUGCUGUUUGGGGCGGUCUUUGAAGCCACCAUGAUUGACAGGAAGAUCGGCGACAAGCCCAUCACCUUCGAGUUCUCCCUGGGUAACUACGGUAAUGUCUUGGAGCCUGCAGGCCAGCCCAGCCUCAUUGCUCCUAGUCCUGCGGUCAGUCGGAGGAGAAGGGUGCUGGACGUCCCAGACACUAGUGACAUGUUUGGCACCUCCCCUCCCACCUCCCCGUCUUCCCCACUCCUACCCAGGGAUCCUCAGGACAUCGCCAUGACCUCUAAGUCUACCACGCCUCCAGAGAAACCGCUCAUCAUUGAAGGAAACAGGUUGAGUGGCGUUGAGGAGGGUGUAGCCAGUGCAGCCCAGUUACACAAGAAGUCUGAUCCAGGGGCGGAGCAUAUGCUCAGAACUGUCCUCAGAGAAUUCUGUAUGGACGCCAGGAGUUUCAUAGCAGAAGCAGAGGCCAAGUUGAAGGCGGAGCUAAAGUCGAGCUACCUGACACAGCUGGACAAGAAACGCCUCACCAUGUGUAAACAGGAACUGGAGGGUAUGAUAGGGGAGGCCCAGUCCUUGGGAGAGAGGAAGAGAAAAGCUGGUGGUGUGAAAGAAAUGCUGCAGGACGCCACAAAACUCACACACAAACUACGCUUUCUUGUGCAGGAGCCCCAGCACACAGUGCCUGACAUGUUUGUGUGGUUGCUCAGCAACAACAAGCGCGUUGCGUACGCUCGGGUCCGAACCAGAGACCUGCUGUACUCCAGCAGCCAGGAGGCCAGAGGAAUCCACUGUGGAAAGAUAAUGACACUGUUUCUAAAGCCUCCAGGGAAGCGCGUUGUAGGCUUGUCAGUACAGGCGAAGCUGGAUGUGUUUCUGUGGUACGGAACCUGUUCAGACUCCAACCACAUGCUGGAUGACCUACCUGCAGGAUUCAGCCCGGCCACAGGGGGCGCUGACGCCAACAGCCCUCCAGCAUACCUGGUCAGCACUGAGCAGCAUCAGUUCCAGUUGAGGUGCCACAUGUAUCAGGCUCGUGGUCUGAUUGCUGCAGACAACACCGGCCUGUCUGACCCUUUUGCUCGGGUCACCUUUAUGUCACACAGCCAAACCACAAAUGUGAUCAGUCAGACUCUCAGUCCGACGUGGAAUCAGUGUUUGCCGAUGAGCCGCGUGCUGCUGAGCGGAGAUCUGCAGCACAUCCAGCAGGAGCCGCCACGCAUUAUCAUCGAGUUGUACGACGACGACGCACUGAGUAAGGCGGAGUAUCUGGGAGCCACAGUGGCUGUGCCUGAGGUUCGCUUGUCCUCUGACCCAUACAUGCCUCCAACGCUGCAGUACAGCCCGCUGCACUGCGGCAGCCAGCCAGGAGGAGACCUGCUGGCUGCAUUUGAACUGCUGCAGAUCCCACAGUCCGGAGAUCAGAGUCUGCCGGCGUUAGAGGAACAGGAAGGAGGCAUCUACACGGUUCCUGCCAACAUCAGACCAGUUCUCAGCACCUACAGGCUGGAGGUGUUAUUCUGGGGUCUGAGGGAACUGAAGAAGGUUCAGUUCCUGUCUGUUGAUCGCCCACAGGUGUUUAUAGAGUGUGCAGGUAAAACAUUGCGUUCCUCCGUCAUUCAGAAGUACAAGUCCAACCCAAACUUCACUACACUGGUUGAUGCCAUAGAGCUGGAGUUACCAGAGAACGAACAUCUCCAUCCUCCUCUCAGUAUCACUGUGGUCGAUUGGCGGGCCUUCGGGCGCAGCACAUUGGUUGGAAACCACAUUAUCAACAACCUGAAGGCCUUUAACUACAUUCCACCUCCACCCCUGCCUGCUCCCAUACAGAUACACAAACCUCCCCAGGUUACCUAUGAAUCUGUCCCGAUACCAGAGCCACAGAGCACUGAGGGACUGCCCCCAGCUGGGGAGACCAGUUCAACUGUAGCACUAACAAAUCAGGAUUUCCUGGUCACUGUGGAGGAUGAAGCCCCACCUCCGGCCCCACCCACCCCUAAGCAAGAACCCAGGACAAAAAGGGACAGCAGGGCAAAGAGCACUCAUCGUUCCACCAAGCGGAGGAAGCGGACCAUCGCUGACGAAUCAGCAGAGUCUGUCAUCGACUGGUGGUCCAAAUACUACGCAUCUGUAGAGAAGCAGGCCAAAGAGAAGGACGGCUCUCCAUUCCCCCACGUCUUUGAAAAAACUUUGACGUACCAGAGCUUGCUCAGCGUUGGAAUAGACUCCUUGGUCAGCACUUCAGAUGGAGACAAGAAGAAAAAACAAAAAGGAAAAGGAACCGUGGAGCCAAGCGUUGGUCUACCUACUAAAUUAGCCACACUCAAGCUGUACAACAAGGAGCUGGAGGCAGAGUUUGGGCUUUUUGACGAUUGGGUGAACACAUAUGAGCUGUUCAGAGGGAAAGCCAAUGAGGAAGAGGGGGCGACUGAGGAGAGAUUUGUUGGAAAAUUUAAGGGGAGAUUCUGCCUGUAUAAACUGAGUGAGGACGAGGAAGAGGACUGGGACCAAGGCACUGACGCCGGGUACUUCAGAGUCAGCAGAGGAAUCCCUCCCAACGGCCCGGUCCAAGUUCUCAUACGGGUUUACAUUAUCUCUGCAUCUAACCUGCACCCAGCUGACCCGGAUGGGAAGGCGGACCCGUACAUUGUUCUACGGAUUGGCAAGAACGAAAUCAAAGACAGAGACAACUACAUCCCUAAACAGCUGAAUCCUGUGUUUGGGAGAUCUUUUGAGAUGCAGGCGACAUUUCCUCAGGGGUCUGUGCUGUCCGUACUGAUCUAUGACUAUGACUUGGUGGGAGGGGACGACCUGAUAGGAGAGACUCGAAUAGACCUGGAGAACCGGUUCUACAGCCGACACAGAGCCACCUGUGGAAUCCCUAGGGAGUACAGCCUUGAUGGUUAUAAUGCGUGGAGAGACUGCCUGAAGCCAUCAGAGCUGCUGUGUAAGCUGUGCAGAGAGAACGGUCUGGACGAUCCUCAUUUCAGACCAGGACGCAUCACCGUGGCUGAAAAAGUUUUCACCGGCAAGACGCUGUUCAUGCAUGAAGACCAGCCGGUGGAGUCCUAUGAGCACCUGUCUCUGAAGAUCCUGCACCGCUGGGCGGAGAUCCCCGCUGUGGGAUGCAAGCUGGUGCAAGAGCACAUUGAGACCAGAACUCUGUUCAACAAGGAUCGGCCCGGCAUGGACCAGGGUCAGGUCCAGAUGUGGGUUGACAUGUUUCCCAUGGACUUGCCUCAUCCGGGACCUUCAGUGGAUAUUUCACCUCGAAAACCGAAAGGGUACGAGCUGCGUAUCAUCAUCUGGAACACAGAAGAUGUGAUUCUGGAGGACAGCAACUUCCUGACGGGUCAACAGUCCAGUGAUAUCUACAUCAAGGGCUGGCUGAAAGGUUUAGAGGACGACCGACAGGAGACAGACGUCCACUACAACUCUCUGACUGGAGAAGGAAACUUCAACUGGCGCUUUGUGUUCCCCUUCAGUUACCUGCCUGCUGAGAAAGCACAGUGGAGUUAGAUCUCCACGGUUUCCCUCGGGGGGCAAAGACGGCAAAGUCAUGUAAGGUGGACAUGUUGACGGACGGGACGGAGAGAAUCUCUAUUUUCCAGCAGAAGAGAUCGAGGGGCUGGUGGCCCUUCAGCAAGUCUGGAGAGCUGACGGGGAAAGUGGAGGCAGAGUUCCAUCUUGUGACAGCUGAGGAGGCAGAGAAAAAUCCUGUAGGCCGAGCCCGCAAGGAGCCAGAGCCACUGCCGAAACCAAACCGUCCAGACACCUCCUUCUCGUGGUUUGUCAACCCUUUCAAGUGUUUCUUCCACUUGGUGUGGCGAAGCUACAAGAAGUACAUCAUCAUCGCCCUGGUCCUGCUCAUCACGGUGCUGUUCCUCGCCCUGCUGUUCUACACACUGCCCGGAGCCAUUUCUCAGAAGAUAGUCAAUGGAUGAAACACACCUGGACUAUGUUCACACUGUAGUUCUGAAGAUGUGUUCAAAAUGGAUGGAUCACGGGUGACUUUUAGAUGAUGCAACAACAGAGAACUUUCCCUUUUCAACUGCUCCUCAAUAAUGCGACCAAGUUUCUGUACAGCUUUUUACUGCUAAGAACGACAUUGUCAGGCUUUUCAAACAAAGGAAGUACAUGUUCAUGACCCAUUUAUUGAGGCACCAACUUUACAUUACUUUUUGGUCUUUUCACAGGAAUCUAAAAUAUCAGCAGGUUUGGCCUUUAAAGGGUAUCUAUAUAUAACACUUGCAUGCCAUAUGUAUGGUGACAGACUGAUCACUGGAAUUCCCCUGUUGUGCCACUUAAACGUAAGCAACACGGAAGACAAUCUGCUGCUCUGAACCAAAUAGGGCUGCACCAUACGGUACAAACAUCACACUGCGAUCAUUUUUACAAGUAUUGCGAUUGGUGGGAAUGAUUAUUUUUGCAUCACAAAUUCAUUUUCACUAAAAAAACUAUUUUAAUCAUGAUGAUGUGAAAUUAUUUGGGGUCUGUACCAAACCAACGUGUUUUCUUACUUCUGUAGAGCAAGAUUUGUAGACCAAGGCCUCUCUGCAGCACUACAGUGCUUCAUUAUAAUGCUGUUUGUCUCACAUUUUACCUUUAUCAUAACAUUUUAGCUUCUGUGAUGUGCAUAUUGCUCUGGGUCAUGUUGCUAUUUUGAUAAUAUUGCGAUUAAUUGUGCAGCCCUUAGUAUUUGUAGACUGCUGAAGCCAUUACGAGGCUCCAGCAGUCUACAAAUACUUUGUUAGUAAUUGUUUCCUGAACUUCCGAGGACAGCACAAAGCCAUCGUCAACAGUUUCUGAACAAAGCUUCAAAUGUCUGCCGUAUUAUCGGACGUCAUCACUCUUCAACCUAUUACAGCCCUAGGAGUCCUGCUAGGAGGAUGAUUACAGUGACCAAUAAUCCUUUUAAUAAUCUGAACUGCUUUUACCGUAUUUCCAUAUACAAUAUAUAUUAUUUAAGGAAGAGUCAACCUUUGUUCAAAUAAAAGUUCAACACAG